AACGAGCGCGCAGUCAGGCUUGGCUGAUACCGUUAGUCGCGUCAGGGAUCUGCAGCGAUAGAGAGAGAGAGAGAUGCUGAGGUGACAGGGAGAGAGAAGUAGAAAAGGGACGAUUAAAUCAAACUCAUUAUGUCACUGCUGAAUUCACAUGUCUGUAUGUAAACCUCAGCUGCAGAAUCAACGUUGCAUAAUAACGCGCCCGCUGUGGAAUUCCACCCAAUGUCUCAACAUUCCGUCAAGACAAACAUAGAGGAUUAUUUGUAACCACGCCCGGCUCCUUUCGGAUCAAGGAUCGGAGCGGUCAAGGUCUCUACAGGAACCUGAUGCCCGACCCAAUCUAAUACGGCUGGUGGUAGUUAGCAGGAGUGGUAGUAGAGGAAGAACCACAGUGAGCAGCAGUCCACCGCAGGCGGGAUGAGUGCUGCAGCGAUGGACCAAGCUGACAUCCUCACUGUGCUUGUCCUGGUCAAGGAACGAUGGAAAGUGACAAAGAAGAUCGGCGGCGGUGGCUUUGGGGAGAUCUACGAGGCGUUGGACCUGCUGACCAGGGUCAGUGUUGCUCUGAAGGUGGAGUCUGCACAGCAGCCUAAACAGGUCCUCAAGAUGGAGGUGGCUGUCCUCAAGAAACUCCAGGGUAAAGAACACGUGUGUCGCUUUGUUGGAUGCGGCCGCAAUGACCGCUUCAACUAUGUGGUGAUGGAGCUUCAGGGGCGUAACCUGGCAGAGCUGAGGCGCAGUAUGACGCGGGGCACGUUUACAGUCAGCACCACCCUGAGACUGGGACGACAGACACUAGAAGCUAUAGAGAGCAUCCACUCUGUUGGCUUCCUGCACAGAGACAUCAAACCAUCCAACUUUGCCAUGGGCCGGUUCCCCAGUACCUGUAGGACCUGCUACAUGCUGGACUUUGGCUUGGCACGCCAGUUCACUAACUCCUGCCAAGAGGUCCGACCGCCUCGGCCAGUAGCAGGGUUCAGAGGCACAGUCCGCUAUGCGUCCGUCAACGCACACAAGAACAAGGAGAUGGGUCGGCAUGACGACCUGUGGUCCCUCUUCUACAUGCUGGUGGAGUUCAUGGUUGGACAGUUGCCAUGGAGAAAGAUCAAAGACAAGGACCAUGUAGGGAAGUUGAAGGACACCUAUGACCACAGGCUCAUGCUGAAACACCUGCCUGCUGAGUUCACUGUCUUCCUGGAUCACAUCUCUAACCUGGACUACUUCACCAAACCAGACUAUCAGCUGCUGUUGUCAGUGUUUGACAACAGUAUGAAGACCUACAACGUGGUGGAGAAUGACCCGUAUGACUGGGAGAGGACUGGGUCUGAUGGUACUCUGACCAUCAACGCUACAGCCACCACACCACAGCAUCACACACGACUCACCCCAGCACACAUGGGCAUGGCCAAUGCAUCCCUGAUCCCUGGGGACCUGGCGAGGGAGAACACAGACGAUGUUCUGCAGGACGAGCAGCUUAGUGACAACGGGGAGAACAACCCUCCUCCAGACCGCCGCCCCGGAUCCCCCAGCAUGCCCCGGGCCAACCAGGAAGCUGACGUCUGGGAGGAGCUGGACCGUAACCGUAACCGCAUCAGGACCGCGGUGUGGAAGGCAGCAACAGAGGAGGAGCACAGCAACAACCAGGGGGUUCUCCAGAACCCGUAUGCCAACCUCAGCCUGGGCUCCCCUGUCCGGGUACACUCUGAGAUAGUGGGGGUGUCAGGACAGGAUGGUGGUAGUCCUCUCCUCAGGAAGCUCCGUAACAUCCACAGCUUUGAGCUGGACAGGAGACUGACCUUGGAGACCAAGCCCAGUCCUGAACGGUUCAUGGAGGCGUGCUCAGGGAAUCAGCUGGAGGGCUGUGGGCAGCAGCAGGAGAAGGGCCUGGCUGUACCCACUGGAGGUGCCACAGGACCAGGGCGUGGUGGCACUGACCGAGUCUGGCACAAUGACGAGGAGUUCCUAUCCGGUGGCGGUGCCAGCGGUUCACCCAAACCCGUCUCCCCUCACUCCCACAGGUCUCUGGAACAGGGCGAGGUGGCCCCCAGCAGCGGAGGCUUCGUGGCCUUCAACCUGAGCUCCGGACAGGGGAAGGUGGACUCCAGGGAGUGGGUGAUGAUGGAGAGGCCCAGCGGGUCCCCAGGGACCGGAAUGGGAGAUAAAGCUACGACCAGCCCCUCCAAGGAGGAAGAAGAGGAGCUGCAGGUGCUGGAGGUACCCUUUGGGGCAGGAGAAGGGUCCACACGGAACUCCAGUCCUGGUCAGAUCCAUGGACACAGGGAUGGGGACCUCCAGGGGCAUCCAGGCGCCAGCGGACGACCCGCCAGGGUGGACAGGCUGGAACUGAGUGUGGGACCUACGGGAAGCCUGCCCCCCGUCACCCCCUCUAGCCCUGCUGAUGCCCUGGCUGAGGGAGCACUCACACAGCUCCCUACCUCUCCUCCAUCUCUGCCUGAGGAGGUGUUGGCCAGGAUGUCCAGUCCCCUGCUCCUGCGUUCCCCAAGCCCGCACACCCAGACCCUCCUCACCACCCUGUCGGACCCCCUGCACCAGAGGGACCCCCCUGGGAUGAGUCGCAGCUACUCAGCCGACCACCACAACCAGUACCUCCUCCAUCCCACCUCUUCUUCCUCCUACCACACCUCCCUACCGCCACCUCCUCACCCCGGCCUCGGUUCCGCCCGUAACCAAUCACCCUCCGGGCGCAGGAAACUGCCCGCUAUUCCGGCAGGCGCUGCCAGCAGCAAGUUCCCUUCCGUUAUACGCAUCACACGCGCCCAACUCCAGCAGCUGACAGCUCAGCAGUCCCCGUCUGGCUCAGACUGUGCUCCACAGGGCCUACAGCUGGAGAGACGAGAAGAUGCAGCAGCUGAGGCCCAGCAGCCCCAGGAUAUUACUGCUACCACUGACAUCUACAUCCUGCCCACCCCUAGCCACACCCCUAGCCAGCCCGGCAGCCCCACCAGCCUGGAUGACCUCCUGGCAGAUACCCUGAUCAAUGGACGAGACACCCAGACCUACACCAAAGCCCACAGCCCUGUGCCAAGCCGAGCGUCCUCUCCUCGCUCCCCCCAUUCUCCUCGCUCCCCUCGUUCUCCUCGCUCCCCUCGUUCUCCUCUCUCCCCCCGUUCUCCUCGCUCCCCCGUUCUCCUCGCUCCCCCGUUCUCC